GUAUUUUCUACUAUCUGCGUACAUAACAAUUAACCCUUUUGACCUUGACAAUGGAUGUUUCUCUGGACGCCAACAUUCUCGACCAGCUCAAUACCACUGAGACUAAAGCCCUCCACGAUAUAAGCGACAGCCUGAGUGCUUGUGGCGUUGGUCGUAUCGUCAAUCUUCCGCAAAUCAUCGUCGUUGGUGAUCAAUCCGCUGGCAAGUCAUCCGUUCUUGAGGCAAUUUCCCAUGUUCGCUUUCCAGUCCAAGGAAAUCUUUGCACAAGGUUUGCAACUGAGCUCAUUUUCAGGAGAGCUAAUGAGACUCGAAUCGAUGUGAGCGUCAGAUUUGAAGACAGAUCGAAACCAGCAAAGAGAUUCCAGAGGGCUGGGUUUCGUGAGGAUGACUUGGGCGACAUCAUCACGGAAGCCAAAGAGUGCAUGGGCUUUGGCAAGGCCGGGAUGGAGUUCUCCAAGGACGUGCUCCGUCUUGAAAUCGAGGGGCCAAAAAUGUACCCACUGAGUCUCGUUGACCUUCCAGGAUUCUUUCAAGUGGCUACCGAAAACCAGUCAAUCAGUGGUAAAGAAACGGUCGAUCAACUUGUCGAGAGCUACAUGCGACAGAAGAACAGCAUUAUCCUGGUGGUUAUCACUGCGAAUAACAACCUUGCCAAUCACUUAGCCCUCCAGAAAGCUAAGAACAUCGAUCCGGAACGACGACGAACCAUCGGUGUCAUCACGAAGCCUGAUUUGACUCGCCCUGGUUAUGAUGCUGAGAAGGAAUACAUCAAGCUGGCCAAGAACCAGGAAGCCGCGCAUAAGCUGCAGCUCGGGUGGCAUGUCCUGCGUAACAGGGCUGAAGAUGAGGACAGCUUGGAAGGUCGAGACCAGGUCGAAGACGCAUUCUUCCAGAAGGGCGCUUGGGCGACUAUUCCCUCCGAAAAUCGUGGCAUUGUGAGUUUGCGAAAGAAGCUCAGUCAUGUGCUCUAUAGUCACAUUCGCAACAGUCUGCCUGGAGUCAUUACAGACAUCGAAACGACGCUUAGAGAGCGACAAGAGGAACUUGAUCGUCUUGGAAAAUCUCGAUCCACUCAAGAGGACCUCAGGUCUUUUCUCCUUGGCAUUGCCAGUGACUUUCAGCGGCUCGCCAGAGAUGGCAUAUACGGCCGAUACAAUGACGAAUUUUUCGGAGGUUUACAAGACGAUCACCGAAAGUUGCGGGCACAGCUGCGGAACUUCAGCCGAGCUUUUGAUCAUAUCCUUCAAACUAAGGGGUCGACUCAUGUCACCGUCUCAGAUGAUGACAGUGAUUAUUCGGAUGGUGACGACAUCCCCGGGUAUCUAGAAGAGUUUCUGGAACGUUAUCCAUACAACCCUCCCGAGCCGAAGAAAAUCACGAGACGCGAGCUCGCUGAGCAGCUUGAGAAACAAGCCGCUGCCAAUCAAGGGCUGGAGUUCCCAGGAACUCCAAACAAGGAUCUUGCCAUGCAACUCUUCAAGCAACAAGCAGCACCAUGGAGAGGUAUUGCCGAGUCACAUGUCAAGCUUGUAACGACCGUUGCAAAGGCUUUUGUUGAUCAGGUCUUUGAGUAUGUUGUUGGAUCCCCACGGACGAAUCGAACUACUGAGGCGAUCCUGUCAACGUGCGUCGACCCAUUCUUCGAUGAAAAGGAAAAGGUGCUUCAGGAGAAGAUCAACGAGCUCCUGAGACCUUAUAUUCAAGGUUACGCACUUCCUCUUGACUUGUUAUUCUACGACAUGCUAUCAAAAACCUCAGACGAAAAGCUAGAGAGACGCAUUUCAGCUAUUCUACAGCAGAAGUAUCCGCAUUUAUACGAGAGUAACGUAGCUAAGACAGGCGAGACGAGCAAGAAAGCUGACUCUAAAACAAUUGCUCAAGACAUCAAUGAGGAAGAUGACCUUGAAGAUAGUGAGUUUGGAAUCAACAAAGUCAUAGACAUGAUGUUGACAUAUUAUACGGUAAGAUAACGCCAGCCCUCAUAAUCGCUUGAUACUAACUUUUGAAGAUAUCUCUGCGCACCUUCACCGACAAUGUCAUCAACUUGGCGGUUGAAAGUUGCCUCGUGUAUGAUAUACCAGAUAUCCUCACACCCACAACGGUAGAUCGGAUGAGUAAGGAAAGACUUGAGGAGUUGGCCGGUGAAUCGGACGAUACAUCGUCUCGAAGAAAGAGCCUGCAGGAAGAGGUCAAGAUCCUCAGACAAGGGUUGGCUCAAUGCCGGCGAUAUAAGCCAAGAGCAGUAACACGUAGGUCACACGGCUCAGAAACUGAAUCGUUAUGAUGCUAACGGGCAAGCGCUUCCUUCUGCAGCAAAUGAGUCUCUAGGCAGUGUCCCGAAUACAUCUACCAUAGCUCCUUCGGUGAAUGACAAGAAGACGAGCCCACCAAGUGUGAUCAACGCUCCUAAAGCUCAAUUCAAUGGCUGGACGACAAUUCCCGACUUGCCCAAGGCUGAGAAUCCCUUCAGCAAGUUCUUGGAGACUCCAGCGAAGCCAUCAGGUCCAGCGCCAUCAGCGGCAAAGCCUGCCUCAACCUUGGGAAGCGGCGCUGGGUUUGGCUCAGGAGUCGCACCUUCGAAGCAGCCGGCCUCUUUUCAGUUCAACGGUUUCGGCGACGCCAAGAAGUAAACUCUUUAGCGACUUUGGUGUUAUCUUGUGCUUUGUAGCUGUAAGCGAAUUUGUACAUCAAGAGAAGGAGGGCGGGAGUGCGGGAGCGUUGAGCGGGAUUGAUAGCCUUGGAUGAGAUCAUAGCGUCAGGGUCAUGCCUCAGUGCAGCGAUAAUACCGUGUUAGUUCGAAGUAAAAUAACAUUUUGAAUAAUGCAUUUCUCAAUUUGAA